AUUUCAAAACCAUCUCACUCAAACGCGACUGUAUAUAAAUUUGGUAUUGCCGGGCUAUUGUAGCUCAUUUGUAAAUUACUAUUUGAAACGGAUACUACGGAUAAACAAAAAAAAAAUCAAGCCAAAUGAAGGUACGCAUUGAAGAGCCAGAACUGGACAAUGCCUUCAACAUAUCAUUGCUGCGAGAUGAUAUGGAUCAAAUAUGGCAUAUUAUGAACAGUGAUGAGAAAAGUGUUCAUAAUGCAAUGGAUCCCACGUUGAUUCAACGGGAGAAGGAACGUGCCAUACGAUCGCAAUUGAAUUCGGCCAAUGGAAUGACUGCCGAAAUUCACGACCAAUUUUAUCGUGACCAUAAACUGCUCAUAACAUUGUUUCAAACAUUGGCUGUGAUGCCGAUUACUCGGUCAGCGCCAGGACGGAUUACCUUCAGUUGGAACAGUUCAGCCACAUACUAUGCGAUCGUAUUUUACAUUUUCACUACGUGCAUUGUGUUAGUCGUUGGCUAUGAGAGAGUGCAAAUUUUGCUAACAACCCGGAAGUUUGACGAGUACAUUUAUGCGGUUGUGUUUAUAAUAUUCUUGAUUCCACAUUUCUGGAUACCGUUCGUUGGAUGGGGUGUAGCGAAUCAUGUAGCAGUUUAUAAGACGAUGUGGGGUGCAUUUCAGGUACGAUACUACCGUGUGACCGGCAGAAGCUUACAAUUUCCAAUGCUCAAGAUCUUAAUUGUAAUCAUAUCGACUGGUUGUCUUUUAUGUGCCGUUUUAUUUCUGUUAUCACUUAACCUCCUGCUCGAAGGAUUUGCAUUGUGGCACACGUCAGCUUACUAUCACAUCGUGACUAUGAUAAAUAUGAACUGUGCACUGUGGUAUAUCAAUUGUCGUGCAAUAAAAGAAGCAUCGCGCAGCUUAGCAAAAAGCUUCAAAGAGGUAUGGUUUCGAAUUGAAUGGAGUCUUUUAAACUUUGUCACAAUCUGGCUUUUUUACUCAAAACAGGAUAUUAAAAUCAAGUGCGACGCAGCUUUGGUGAGUCAAUAUCGAUAUUUGUGGUUGAAUUUAAGCGAAUUGUUGCAAACAUUGGGUAAUGCAUACGCUAGAACAUAUUCAACAUACUGCUUGUUUAUGUUUGUCAACAUUACUAUUGCCACAUAUGGAGCACUGUCGGAGAUCGUUGACCAUGGAUUCAAAUUAUCUUUUAAGGAAAUCGGUCUCUUAGUUGAUGCUGGAUAUUGUGCCCUAUUGCUCUUCAUAUUUUGUGACUGCUCCCACAAAGCCACUUUAGAGGUGGCUCAAGGUGUACAAGAUACCCUUUUAACAAUAAAUUUGUUAAGUAUUGACCAGCAAACACAGAAAGAAAUCGACUUAUUCAUUCAAGCAAUUGAAAUGAAUCCAGCAGUUGUAAGUUUAAAAGGGUAUGCAGAUGUGAAUCGAGAAUUGCUGUCGUCGUCCGUAACAACCAUUGCUAUUUAUCUGAUUGUAUUGCUGCAAUUUAAAAUAUCGUUGGUUAGCCAGAGAGAACUUUCACAUGCAAAUGUAGUACCGACGACUACAGUUACGCCAUUACCAAUUACAGCUUAAAGCUACGGUGUGUUUAUUUAUAACGAAACAAUUGCAACAAGCGUGUUGAGUGUUGAUAAGUAGAAUCAACGCACUUCAAGCAUGAGUGGUACUCUAAAUAGAGUACUGAAAUUAGACAGUG